AUGACGCCCUUCGUCUCGGCAGCCGCGGCCUGGGCUGCGCUGCGACUGCAGCGGGGCGCCACCUCCCUGCGUGCGCGGAGCUUUCGGGUGGAUGAAGUAAAGACGACAGAGCUCGAGGAGGCACUGCGAUUUCUCGGCUUCGACUCUUUCCCGAAGAUGAAAAACCGGCAAAGCCUAGUCAAGUGGAUCCGGGAGUGGCGCAUCCCACAUCAGAUGCUGGAGGGUGCCCUCUCGGAGGUCCGUAAAAUUCGCAAGGCCGACCUCCGGUCCAAAGCUUCAGCGAAGGCCAAGGCAGAACGCGGUCGCGAGAGUUCACGGAGCGGCAGCCAGCCACGGAGCAGCAGCCGGAAAACCCGGAGGGGCGGCAACCUUUACGAGUUCACAGACGGCCAGCUUCGAACAGCUCUGCCCCUGAACGUUUGCGGGGUCCAGGGCACGGCGGACUGGCAUAAGCGUGAUCUCGUGCGAAAGCUCCAGAGCAUGGGCAUCCGAGUAAAGGACGUCCAGGCAUUGAUUGACGAG